AUGCAAGGCUUCAACAUGGGACGCUAUGUCCCGCCGGACCAGGAGGGGGUCUUGUCCGGCAACCAGAUCGCACGGAAACACCCACUUGGCGCCCGCGCCCGCCAUCUCCAAACCAAAGGCGCACUGAUUGUGCGUUUCGAAAUGCCAUUUGCGGUGUGGUGUACAACAUGCAAACCGCACGAAACGAUCAUCGGACAAGGAGUGAGGUUCAACGCGGAGAAAAAGAAGAUUGGGAAUUAUUAUUCCACGCCGAUCUACAGCUUCCGCAUGAAGCACACGGUUUGCGAUGGCUGGAUUGAGAUCCGCACGGACCCGGCGAAUACGGCGUAUGUGGUACAUGAGGGGGCGCGUAAACGCGAUACCGGGGAAGACAAAGAGUUGCAGCCCGGGGAAAUUGCAAUUCGCCUACCGGGACUCGGCCCAGAUCCUGCAGAAAAGGACCCUUUUGCGAAGCUCGAGGGCAAGGCGGAGGACAAGCUCCGGGCCCAAACCGAGAGUGGACGCAUAUUGGAGCUACAGGAACGGCAAGCUCGGGACUGGGAUGACCCAUAUGCGCAGUCAAGACGCCUGCGAAAGAAGUUUCGAGCGGAGAGGAAGGUUCUCGAGAAACGAGAGGCAGACCGAGAAGCCAUCAAAGACAAAAUGGGCUUAGGUAUUGACCUUGUGGAUGAGACGGAAGAGGAUCGCCGAAAGGCCGGCUUGGUUGAUUUCGGAGAUGGUCAGGGUUUGGCUGAUUCCAUGGCUUCACGAGCGACGCGGGUUAAACCGAUGUUUGAGAGCAAACGCCCAUCAGACGUGAAGAGCGUCAGGGGCAGAAGCUCUUAUGACAUGACCAAGGCGGCAGUCGCGGCUGCUAACCACAGAGAAUCUUUGAGCCGUGAAUUAACUCAGAAUACCCGUGCGGCAGUAGAUCCUUUCUUACUUGAAUCCGCAGAUGGCUCGGAAACCUGGAAGACUGGGGCAAAGAGGAAGAGGCCUUCUACAGUGCCCAAACUCGUGGGUCUCGCUAACCCUAGCUUAAAGAAGUCCCCAGCACAUCCGGCAAAGCCCUCGCAUGAUGACAAAGACACCUCUGUGACCACGCCCCCCGCAUUAGUGAGCUAUGCCUCCGAUUCAGACUGA